AGCUAAAAGAUUUUUGCGUGAAUUACUCUUUGAGAUAUUUGAAGUUGCGGUAUAGAACAAAAAAUGGCGACAUUUCGCGGAGUUGCAAUUUGUGCUGUCCUUUUAUUACUAACAUCAUGUCUCGUGGGGAUUUGCAAUGCGGAGGACGAAUGGGCCAAUAUUGCGUCAUGUGUCGAAGAUGACAGGAACUGUGAUGCAAAAGACGUGUCCUACAACUUUGCAUGCUUCGACAAGAUCCGGGAUCACGGAGCGUUUUUCAAUCAAGGCACAGUGAACCGACCAGGAAUUGCUGAUUUCUUCUUCAAAAGUGCGUCUGAGGAGAGGCAACAUGCCAUGCAUUUCAUCAAGUAUUUGAUGAUGCGUGGGAACCACAACGUUUCUCUCAUCGUUGGAGAUCUGCGACCAGCAAAAGUUGCUUGGAAAGAUGCCCUGGAAUCUUUUCGAGAUGCCCUGGAUUUGGAAAAGUCUGUGACUCAGAAGAUUCAAAUUGUUACGAUGGCUUGUAACAAGGUGGACGACUUCACUGCGACUGAUUUAUUGACAACCGAGUUCCUGAACGAACAAAUACAAGGACUGAGGGAUAUUUCCGGGAAAAUCGCUACACUCAAGUCCAUGACCACGAAGCAACCGAAUCUUGGAGAAUAUUUGUUUGACUUGAGUUUGCAGGAUUGCGGUAUAGAACAAAAAAUGGCGACAUUUCGCGGAGUUGCAAUUUGUGCUGUCCUUUUAUUACUAACAUCAUGUCUCGUGGGGAUUUGCAAUGCGGAGGACGAAUGGGCCAAUAUUGCGUCAUGUGUCGAAGAUGACAGGAACUGUGAUGCAAAAGACGUGUCCUACAACUUUGCAUGCUUCGACAAGAUCCGGGAUCACGGAGCGUUUUUCAAUCAAGGCACAGUGAACCGACCAGGAAUUGCUGAUUUCUUCUUCAAAAGUGCGUCUGAGGAGAGGCAACAUGCCAUGCAUUUCAUCAAGUAUUUGAUGAUGCGUGGGAACCACAACGUUUCUCUCAUCGUUGGAGAUCUGCGACCAGCAAAAGUUGCUUGGAAAGAUGCCCUGGAAUCUUUUCGAGAUGCCCUGGAUUUGGAAAAGUCUGUGACUCAGAAGAUUCAAAUUGUUACGAUGGCUUGUAACAAGGUGGACGACUUCACUGCGACUGAUUUAUUGACAACCGAGUUCCUGAACGAACAAAUACAAGGACUGAGGGAUAUUUCCGGGAAAAUCGCUACACUCAAGUCCAUGACCACGAAGCAACCGAAUCUUGGAGAAUAUUUGUUUGACUUGAGUUUGCAGGAGUGAGGCUUUCAUCUGAAUGGCCAUAUCAUCAUCAUAAAUGUUGGUGUUUCAGCAGCAGUUAUAAUGGGGAAUGUGCUUUAUUCUGAUGCAGCAUGAUGCUGAUGAUGAGGCCUUUGCUGGUGCUGUAAAAUAUCAUCUGCUGAUAUGCAGAAAGCACGGGAUAAUAAAUAAAACUUUUACCCGAG